CUGCAGUUUGAAUUUUGAGUCGUGCGCGCUAACGCUCGUUUUCCACGCUUUUCCGCUCGACAAUUUUCCAACGGCGGCCACAACAAUUACAGGCGACAAAAGCGUGCAAAUAAAAACUUGUGUUUCUGCUUUCCCAACGUUUUACUGCAGUUUCCUUCGCUGUCUGCGAGACGGCGGACUUUCUUGCGGCUUUCGUUUUUCCGUUCGCGUGUGUGUUUUCUUUCGGUGUUUUUGUGUGUUUUCCGCUGCGAAUACGGAACGCAAAAGGAAGAGCCACGAUAAAAAACACAAAGGAAAAUUGGUAAAACGCGGCGCCGCCACUUUUGCCAAAUUGAUUUUUAUUGUAUGAGACGCAGAGUUCAAGCAUUAUAUAAAGAAUCAAGCAAGGAUAAGGUGAAACUCGCUAAUUGUCGGGUGGAAAAAGGUUAGCAAUACACAGAGCAAACGGGAUGUAAAGGAUAAGCAAAGCCGACACCAUAAGCGAUUGAAAAACGAAGCAGAGGAGAGGACGAAGGACUCCACUUUUCCAGAGCGCUUCGUUUCCCAGGAGGCAAGGUGAAUCUGUUCCAGCACACGAUGUCAUCGAUCUCGGCGCAGGGCGUGGUCGAGCGAGCAUCCGCGGAGUUGUCGAAGCGGAUCAAUGGCCUGGGCCUGCGCUCGAAGCACCAUCAUAGCAGCACAUCCAGUGGUGCUGGUGGCGCCGGCGAUGCUGCAUCCCCGGCAGGAGCCACGCCCACUCCGGCAGCGCCCAGCGGCAAGACGUCGGUGAUGGAGCGCGUAACGAACGCCCUGUGCGGCGGUGGCAACUCAAAUUCUAACUCAGGAUCGAAUAGCUCCAAUAGCAACACCUCUUCAGCGUCUGCCACCGCUGCCACAUCGCCCGCCAGCAACGCCAAUCCUCCACAGACGCCGGACAAACCGUCGCGUGGCAGUAGCCCCAGUCCCGGCGGUAUCACAAUGCCAGGUGGCCAGUCGCAGGUCCAGAACUCCACACACCACCUCCUGCAGCAGCAACAACAGCAACAGCAGCAUAUGCAGCUGCAACAAUCGCAGCAGCAGCAUCUCCAGCUGCAAGCCUCCACGCUGAUCAACUCCAACCACCAUGUGAUGGUGGGUCCUGCUCCGCCCACUGGCAUGCCUCUGGGUGCCCCGCCCACGCCGACAGUGAAGUCCAUUGCCAAGCAGAUGAACAUAACCAUACCGGGUGGCGGAGUAAAUCCCGGUUCGCCCACCUUCAGCACCAUGGGCAUGGUGGCCGCCCAGAAGGCGGCGGCCAGUGCUGGAGGUACACCGUUGCAGUUGCGGAAACAACUGCCCAAUCCUCACCUGCACCAUCCGUAUGGCAGUAUGGGCAUCAACGCAGCAUCGCCGCUGAUCAUGCAACACCAGCUCCACCCGCCGCCUAUCCACAGCAUCGAGCAGCUGAUGCUCGACGAUCGCUUUCUGAGCCGCUUCUUCCAGUACUUCUCCCCCUACGAACGGCGCAUCCUUGCCCAGGUGUGCAUCAAGUGGCGGGACACACUGUACCGCAGUCCGCGCUACUGGAGCGGCCUGUUGCCCACGCUGCAGUGCCGCGAGCUGCGCCAAAUGCCAGGCUGCGAUCGCGGCAAACUCUACAACUCGCUCAUCCGGCGCGGAUUCCACGCUCUCGGACUGGUCGGCGCCUCCGACGAAGACGCCCUGGAUGUCGUCCACUCCUUCCCCCUCGCAUCCAAGCAUGUCCACUCGCUCAGUCUGCGCUGCUCCUCGAUUAGCGACCGGGGACUGGAGACCCUGCUUGACCACCUGCAGAGUUUGUUUGAACUGGAGCUGGCUGGCUGCAACGAGGUGACCGAGGCGGGACUGUGGGCGUGUCUAACGCCCCGAAUCGUAUCCCUAUCCCUGGCGGACUGCAUCAACAUCGCGGACGAGGCGGUGGGCGCGGUGGCCCAGCUCCUGCCCUCCCUCUACGAGUUCUCGCUGCAGGCUUACCACGUCACGGAUGCGGCUCUCGGCUACUUCUCGCCCAAACAGAGCCACAGCCUCAGCAUCCUGCGACUGCAGUCGUGCUGGGAACUAACCAACCAUGGCAUCGUUAAUAUCGUGCACUCCCUGCCGCAUCUCACGGUGCUAAGCCUCUCCGGCUGCAGCAAACUGACGGAUGAUGGAGUGGAGCUGAUUGCCGAGAACCUGCAGAAGCUGCGCGCCCUGGACCUGUCCUGGUGUCCCCGCAUCACGGACGCCUCGCUCGAGUAUAUCGCCUGUGAUCUGAACCAGCUGGAGGAGCUGACGCUGGAUAGGUGUGUGCACAUAACGGACAUUGGCGUGGGAUACAUCUCCACAAUGCUAUCGCUGACCGCCCUCUUCCUGCGCUGGUGCUCCCAGGUGCGCGACUUCGGGCUGCAGCACCUCUGCUCCAUGCGGAACCUCCAGGUGCUUUCCCUCGCCGGCUGUCCGCUGCUUACCUCGUCGGGUCUGUCCAGCCUGAUCCAGCUGAGGCAUCUGCAGGAGCUGGAACUGACCAACUGCCCGGGUGCGUCGCACGAGCUGUUUGACUACCUGAAGGAGCACCUGCCUCGCUGCCUGAUCAUCGAAUAAUCGAUGGAUGGAGAUGAUCGGAUACGGAACCCCUGAGCACUGAUUUUCGAUUCGGUUCGGUUUGGGUUCGGGUUCGGUGCGAUGCGGCGAACCAUUUGAGUAUGCUAAUUUGGUACACCUAACCUCCAGUCGGCAAGUUCCUCGCGUGCUAUGUGACUUUAACUUUCCGUCAACACUGUACUCUAUCCCUUAUAGUUUUAGACUUAUUUUGAUUUCUGCUGUGAUUUGAUACGGAACUUAGUUAAGUUGAUCUGUUUAAGACGAUGAUGUACCACAAAAGACCCGAAGAUGAUAUUUAUUUACAUGCAAUACAAUAUGUCUAAUAUACAUAUACAUGAAUAUAUAUUUAUAUUUAUAAAUAUACAUUAUUUAUAUUAUUGUAGUUUUUAACAAACGUUUUAUUUACUACUCUCGCUGUAUUUAAACAUGCAGACUACGUGUAAAAUACUACUG